AUGGGCAUCAAAGGUGUAAAUGUGUUUAUGGCACUAGAAGAUUUUGAUCUGACCAUUGGCAUAGUUGUCGACUACAUGCAUUGCAUCCUGCUGGGUGUGACAAAAACAAUGAUGGAACUGUGGUUUCUUCCCAAGAACAACAAAAAAGAUUGUUUCAUUGGAUUACAGGUUGUUAAAAAUUAUUUCAUUAUAAUUAAUUAAUUCUGUUCAAUUAAUAUUUUUUGUCGUACAGGUAACUGUUGAAGUACUGUUCUGUAUUUUGAGCUUAUCAAUAAAGGUGCAACCUGUGAUAAGGCUUUCCAUGUAAACACUAUUUUCCAGAGUAAAACUUUUUUUUUUACAUUCAUUUGAGUUGUAGCUAUUAAUUAGGCUUAAGUGACUUGAUGUCUCAUUUUAGGUUGAGGACAUUGACAGAAGACUUCUAACCAUGGUUCCACCAGACUUCAUUAAGAGGCCCCCAAGAAGCAUUCAACAGCUCAAGUACUGGAAAGGUAAACAAGUAAACUUUUAGGUUUGCUUUGCUGUCAAAAUGCUUUCAGAUUUAUUUCUUUUGUGGUCUCAAAUUUUAUGACUUUUGGAAGCCUAUGAUCAAUAAUUGAGUAACCAAUUUUUUUUGUCUGGAUCCUGUACAGCUUCUGAGUUUCGUAACUGGUUACUGUUCUAUGGCAUUCCAUGCAUGCAGGGGAUACUCCAGGACCACUUUUUAUACCAUUUUGCCUUACUUGUGGAGGGAAUAUAUAUCAUUCUUGGGGAUGAAAUCACAGAAGACUUAUUGAAGAGAGCAAAAUGCUUACUUCUGGAAUUUUACAAACUUUACUUGGAUUAUUAUGGUUUGUGAAUACAAUAAUAUUAUUAUCAUAUUUUCAAAAUUAUAAUGUAUUGUUUUGUUAACUGCAGUAUUAAUAAUGUACAGACUUCCUUAAUGCUUUCAGACCAAGUAAUUGCUAUAUGAUAAAAUUCAAGAAAAAAUUCAAAUAGUUCAAUACAAAAUUUUUGUCAUGCCACAGGAUUUCAUCCAGAGACAUUAAAUUAGCUCAAUAGAACGUACGAUUGAGAGGAUCAAGGUGACAGAGGAACAGAUACCACAUAAUUGAAGAUGACAAAGAAACUGUUAUUUUUGUGUCAAAAAUCUAGUCUUUUCCUUAGAACAUAUGCUGUUCCUCCCAGAUGGGCAAAACUGAGUUACGACUGAGAGUAUCAAUUUUAGGCAUAGAGAUUGGAUAAACAGAUGAAAAGAUUUGAAGUCAUUUGCUAUAUUUUACCAAAUACCUGUAGAAUACGAAACAGUCUCCUACCCCUGUGUUUAUUUUGCAGGUAGUGCAAGCUGUGGACUCAAUGUUCAUAACAUAAGGCACCUUGUGGAGUGUGUUGAGAAUUGGGGACCUCUGUGGGCUUGGUCGUGCUUUGGGUUUGAGGGAAUGAAUGGUGAAAUGAUGAAGUUUGUGCAUGGCACCAAAAAUAUAUGUUUACAGGUGGCUGCCUAUUUGCCCUUUCAUAUAUAA